GUUCAGAGGAGCGUCGGACGGCAGUGGACGGAGUGUGGCACCAAGUGAAGCGUCCCACUGAAAAUCAACACGAACCUGGAAUAAUCUGAAACGCUGCUUUGUGUUUCGACAGGUUUGCUCCGUUGUUGGUGUUUUGAUCCCGCGAAGCGAGGAUGGCAAUGCAAAUGGGUGAGCCUGAGGGCAUGGUGAAGGUGCAAGAGUGGCAGCAAACGUACUAUGCCCAAGACUCUGGCAUCCACUCUGGAGCCACCACAGUCAGAGAUGAUGACGGCACAGAUUACACCUCUAAACAGUACACUGUCACCACCACCACUGUCACAAGCGAAGAGCCUGACCUGGAUUCCCAGUACACCCUAACCAGGGCACAGCGGGUGCGGGCAGCCAUGUUCCCAGAGACACUGGGGGAGGGUGUGUCCAUUUUGUCUACCCAGACAGACCCAGGCCAGAUGACCAACGUCCAGCGGCUGGCUGAGCCCUCCCAGCUGCUCAAGACGGCAAUCAUCCAUCUGAUCAACUACCAGGAUGACGCUGAGCUGGCCACCCGCGCCGUUCCAGAGCUCACUAAACUGCUCAAUGAUGAAGACCAGGUUGUGGUCAACAAGGCAGCGCUGAUUGUCAACCAGCUGACACGUAAGGAGGCUUCACGGCGUGUGCUGAUGCAGUCCCCUCAGAUGGUGGCAGCCGUGGUGCGGGCCAUGCAGAACACAGGCGACAUGGAGACAGCCCGCGCCACAGCCAGCAUCCUCCACAACCUGUCCCACCAGAGGGAGGGCCUGCUCUCCAUCUUCAAGUCCGGAGGCAUCCCUGCCUUGGUUCGCAUGCUCAGUUCACCCAUGGAGUCUGUGCUGUUCUAUGCCAUCACCACGCUCCACAACCUGCUGCUGCACCAGGAGGGAGCCAAGAUGGCCGUGCGUCUGGCCGAUGGCCUGCAGAGGAUGGUGCCCCUUCUGAAGAAGAGCAACCCUAAGUUCCUGGCCAUCACUACAGACUGCCUGCAGCUGCUGUCCUAUGGCAAUCAGGAGAGCAAGCUAAUCAUCCUUGCCAACGGAGGUCCUGAGGGUUUGGUCCACAUCAUGAGAAACUACAACUAUGAGAAGCUGCUGUGGACUACUAGCCGUGUGCUCAAAGUCCUCUCUGUUUGCCCCAGCAACAAACCUGCCAUCGUAGAGGCUGGUGGGAUGCAGGCUCUUGGUAAACACCUUACAGGCUCCAGCCAGCGUCUGAUGCAGAACUGUCUGUGGACGCUCAGGAACCUGUCUGAUGCUGCCACCAAGCAGGAGGGUAUGGACAGCCUGCUCCAGGUGCUGGUGGGCCUGCUCAGUUCAGAUGACCUCAACAUGCUCACUUGCUCCACCGGCAUCCUCUCCAACCUCACAUGCAACAACGCCCACAACAAGACCCUGGUCACCCAGAGCAACGGUGUUGAGGCGCUGAUCCAUGCCGUCUUGCGGGCCGGUGAGAAGGAGGAUGUGACUGAGCCCGCCGUCUGUGCUCUGCGUCACCUGACUUCACGCCACCAGCAUGCUGAGACGGCACAGGAUGCCGUGCGGCUGCAUUAUGGCAUCCCUGCUAUCGUCAAGCUGCUCAACCAGCCCUACUACUGGCCCGUCAUCAAGGCUGUGGUUGGCCUAAUCCGUAACCUGGCACUGUGCCCAGAUAACCAGGCUCCUCUGAGGGAUGCAGGCGCUAUCCCCCGCCUUGUCAACCUGCUGCUCAAGGCCCACCAGGAUGCCCAGAAACACGGCUCAUCAUCCCAGCAGACAUACCAGGAUGGAGUGAGGAUGGAGGAGAUUGUGGAGGGCUGCACAGGAGCCCUGCAUAUCAUGGCCAGAGAUCCUGCCAACAGAGCCGAGAUCGCCAGCCUGCAGACCAUUCCUCUGUUUGUCCAGCUUCUGUACUCACCAGUGGACAACGUGAAGCGUGUGGCGGCGGGCGCCCUGUGUGAGCUGGCCCUGGACAAACAGUCAGCCGAGCAAAUCGACAGCGAGGGAGCCUCGGCCCCGCUGAUGGAGCUGCUGCACUCCAACAACGAGGGCAUCGCCACCUAUGCUGCAGCUGUCCUCUUCCGCAUUUCUGAGGAUAAGAACUCAGAUUACAAGAAGCGUGUGUCUGUGGAGCUCACACACUCCCUCUUCAAACACGACCCCGCUGCCUGGGAGAUGGCCCACAACAGUGUCCCCAUGGAUGCACCCUAUCCAGAUGAGCUGGAUGCCGGUUUAGGUUACGGAUAUGCAGUAGAUAUGCCCAUGCCCAUGGACGGCAUGGAGGGAGAUAUGAUGCCUGAUGAGUACCCAGGUGGCAUGGCCUAUGAAAGGCGAGAGUUCGCCGAUCGUUAUUAAAGAUGCAAAAGAGCAAAAACAAUGGAAAAAGAGGCAGAGGAGCUGAAACGGGACAAGAUGGGAAAAAGAAGAGAAGAAUCAUAUAGUCACCAAUAGAGAAUCCCUCUCCCCUCAGCCUAAUGUAAAAUAUGCAAUUAUCACUGACUAUGGGACUCAUAAUCUUAACAGGGCUGAUUAUUGUUUUAUAGUAUAAUAAUGCUGAUGAUACUGGUAAUGAUGACAGUGAUGAUGCAUGUAGGUUUUUUUGUUAGAGAGCAUUCAAAGGAUUUGUGAGUGUGUGCGUGUUUGUGUGUGUGUGUAUAUGCUUUUGGGUGGGUAAUCUAUGCCAAAGAGAUUUUAUUUUGUGAUGAUAAUCAUGUAGCUUCCUUUUUUUUAUAAAAACAAAAUAAAAACGGAAUAAUAGUUGAAAACACUGCCAGAGGUGGCUCAAUGUGCACAGUGCACCUGCUCACCACUCUGUCUUUUCUUAACGCCUUUGUAACAGACACUGCUGUCUACGCUGUACUUUUAACACUAUGCCGUCAGCCCUCUUCCACUCUGACCCAUGUGAGCGAGUGGGAGUCGGGUCAUGAGUUGAUGCAGACGCAUUUCUUUUGUGGCUAUUGACGCUAAUUCAGUAGGAGAGAGAACAAAUAAGGAAAUGGGAGGUCUUUGAGAGACCUUUGGAAGAACUGUGUAGGGCUGCCCCCUCUUAGGUAAUCAGUUGACUCAUGAGUUAUUGUAAGAGUACAGUUGACUAUUAGUUGAUCAGUAAUUUCUUACAAAUUGUUUCUCAUUUUAUAAGUUAUUUACUGGAAAAGGUUUGCAUAUAUGGCAUUGCAGGAAUAUUAACAAAGAUUUCUUGGUCUUUGGGUCAAAAAUUAAAACUAAAGGAAAUAUUUUAUGUGAUUAUGAGUGUGCAGGGGAACUAAAAUGACCGUAAAGCAAUUUUUCAGAGUUGUGUAUCAGACUUGACUAUGUAAUUAGUCAACAUCCUUAACACUUUGAGUUGUCAAAAAAAUAUUUAGUUGGGGACAGCCCUACAACUAGAGCAAACUACUGACAGGGAAUUUGUCUUUCUACUUAAGAGUUUUUACUGAAAUUUUGUUAAAUAAAAUAAAGGUUAUAUUAAACAGA